AAAUUUUAAACUGCCAUGCACUCGGCUUCCAGUAUGCUGGGAGCGGUGAAGAUGGAAGGGCACGAGCCGUCCGACUGGAGCAGCUACUAUGCCGAGCCCGAGGGCUACUCCUCGGUGAGCAACAUGAACGCCGGCCUGGGGAUGAACGGCAUGAACACGUACAUGAGCAUGUCGGCGGCUGCAAUGGGCAGCGGCUCGGGCAACAUGAGCGCCGGCUCCAUGAACAUGUCGUCCUACGUGGGCGCGGGCAUGAGCCCGUCCCUGGCCGGCAUGUCCCCCGGGGCGGGCGCCAUGGCGAGCAUGGGCGGCUCGGCCGGGGCGGCUGGCGUGGCGGGCAUGGGGCCGCACCUGAGCCCGAGCCUGAGUCCGCUCGGGGGGCAAGCGGCCGGGGCCAUGGGCGGCCUGGCCCCCUAUGCCAACAUGAACUCCAUGAGCCCCAUGUACGGGCAGGCGGGGCUGAGCCGCGCGCGCGAUCCCAAGACGUACCGGCGCAGCUACACGCACGCGAAGCCGCCCUACUCGUACAUCUCGCUCAUCACCAUGGCCAUCCAGCAGAGCCCCAACAAGAUGCUGACGCUGAGCGAGAUCUACCAGUGGAUCAUGGACCUCUUCCCCUUCUACCGGCAGAACCAGCAGCGCUGGCAGAACUCCAUCCGCCACUCGCUCUCCUUCAACGACUGCUUCCUCAAGGUGCCCCGCUCGCCCGACAAGCCCGGCAAGGGCUCCUUCUGGACCCUGCAUCCCGACUCGGGCAACAUGUUUGAGAACGGCUGCUACUUGCGCCGCCAGAAGCGCUUCAAGUGCGAGAAGCAGCUGGCCCUGAAGGAAGCCGCGGGCGCCACGGGCGGUGGCAAGAAGGCGGCUGCCGGGGCCCAGGCCUCGCAGGGUCAGCUCGGGGAGGCCGCCGGGCCGGCCCCCGAGACUCCGGCGGGCACCGAGUCGCCCCACUCGAGCGCCUCUCCGUGCCAGGAGCACAAGCGAGGAGGCCUGGGCGAGCUGAAGGGGACGCCGGCCGCGACGCUGAGCCCCCCGGAGCCGGCGCCCUCGCCCGGGCAGCAGCAGCAGGCCGCGGCCCACCUGCUGGGCCCUCCCCACCACCCCGGCCUGCCGCCCGAGGCCCACCUUAAGCCGGAGCACCACUACGCCUUCAACCACCCCUUCUCCAUCAACAACCUCAUGUCCUCGGAGCAGCAGCACCACCACAGCCACCACCACCACCAGCCCCACAAAAUGGACCUCAAGGCCUACGAACAGGUGAUGCACUACCCCGGCUACGGUUCCCCCAUGCCGGGAAGUCUGGCCAUGGGCCCGGUCACGAACAAAGCGGGCCUGGACGCCUCGCCUCUGGCGGCAGACACCUCCUACUACCAGGGGGUGUACUCCCGGCCCAUUAUGAAUUCCUCUUAAGAAGAAGGCUGCGGCCCGGCCAGCCCGGGACAAGGACGAGAGAGAGGAGGUGCGGUGGAGACGUUAAGGAAAGGGUGUUGGAGAGAUGCAAAGGGAGAAGAAAUCCAUUACACCUCCACCCCCAGGACAGCAGUCUCCCUUCACGCUGCAGCUUUUCCCUCCGUAACAGAUGGGCCACACUGAUAUCCAUCACUCUGUAUCAGGAGGGAAAGGGAAAAAUGAUAAACAGUCGAAAAAAAAGAAAAAAGAGAGAAAAGCCUUUGGUUUCCACUACUGUGUAGACACCUGCUUCUUGAAGCAUCUGCGAAUUCCGAUUUUUUGUUAUUGUUGUUCUCCUCCAUUGCUGUCGUUGUUGCAGGGAAGUCUUACUUUAUUAAAAAAAAAAAAACGCAAAACAAAAAAACCCCACAAACUUUUGUGACUCAGUGUAAAACAAUGUAGUUUUAACAGAGAACCAGAAAGUUGUACUAUUGUUUAAAAAGAGAAAAAAAAAUGAUGUAAGGGUCUGUUGUAAAUGACCAAGGGAAAAAAAAAUGCAUUCCCAUUCUUGACACGGUGAAAUCUAGGUCUCGAGUCUGAUUAAUUUAUGGUUUCUGCGUGCUUUAUUUAUGGCUUAUAAAUGUGUAUUCUGGCUGCAAGGACCAGGGUUCCACAGAUCUAUAUUAAAGUGUUAUUGCCAGUUUUAUCCCUUGAAUCUUCAGAAUUUUCUUCCUUUGUCUGACUUAAAAAAUAAACAGCUCUGGAAAUUAUUUAAAAGUGGAGGGAGAGAGACUUUGGCUGGUUGCAGGUUUUAUUUUAUUUUGGGGAGGAGUGGUGGUUGCUGUUUUACCAACAUUUUAUUGUUAAAAUGUUCAGACAUAGUGAAGUUGAACAAAUUUUACCUAAAACACACAUGUACCCAUUGCCCAGAUCUUACAGUUAGCAUUUCACUGUAUUUGUUAUAUCACAUAUCUGUGAAUCUACGUAUACCUCCACUGGUCAAUUAAUCUUAUUUUUCUAAAUGCAUUUCAAAGUAAAUUUCAGACAUCAGUACACUUACCUCUAAACACUUCAGCAAGCACAUCAUUAAAUAGGCCUCUUUAUUGUUAUGGUUACUUUUUGAAUUUUGAGUUUAUCUUUACACACAAUGAAACACAGAUCCUAGGUGGACCACUCCAGGGGGUAAUGCAGGUUUGUCUUUAAAGCCGGGAGAAAACCACGUAUCUUAAUUUUCUACCUGGGCCACGUGAAGGUGUUAUUGAGGUCUCUGGGGCCUUAGGGCUGGCUUCUCUGAGAAGCCUGAAUUUUACAUGUUUUUGCUGUAUUUGAAUCUUAGGCCUCCCUUCAAGUCAGUGAGCCCAGAGUGGAUUUGCAAACUCCUGGUGCAGCACUUUGCCUUCCUCACUGCUUCUCUGGCACCCCUUCCCCUCCUGUGUGUGGAACUGGAACUUUGCCUGAAUCCUACAGCCUCAGGCCUCUGUCUACACUUCACAACUCUAUCACACCCUCCUCCUUCACUUUGGUGUUCUGCACAACCUUGGUAGACCAGGCUGUAGCCCAGGAAUAGUGAGAUUUCUGGGAGCACCCCUUCUGGCACCCAGUCUGGAGGAACAGUGAGAACGCUUUCUCCUGUAAUUGGUUUUAAUGGGAUCGCUCAGGGUGAUGAUCCAAAUCUCCUCUUAAAAAUAAGGUCUUUUG